AACUCGAAUAGAAUUGAGGAACCGCCUCUGAUGAUUACAUAAUCACUCUCAGAAGUUGCAGAGCUUUCUCUCUCAGAAACCCUAACCCCCGUCGCUCCCCUAAAUCGUAGCUUCCCUCCAAAACCCGCAUUGCAAAACCCUAAUUCGUCGUUCUCGUCGGCAAUGACGAAGGUGUACAGAACAGGCGCGUACGAUUUCAAGCACCACCAUGUUAGCGAGUACCCGGUGGAGCUGAACCACCAGCUCGGAGAGUAGCCGGUGGAGGCUAAACCCGGUGCGGCGCUGCCGGGCUCGAUAACACUGUCGGAGAUUCAAAGGGACCAGCUCACUAUGAUUGCCGCUGCCAAUUGGUCCAAAGCCGGCGGCGACGCCGCGCAGGUGAAGAAGGCAUUCGACACGGAGCUGGUGAAGAAGAUUUACGAGACGGAGUUGUGUGUGAAGGAGGGGCAGAGGAAGACGGUGCCGUUGCAGAGAGUGAUGAUUUUGGAGGUCAGCCAGUACUUGGAGAACUAUCUCUUUCCUAAUUUCGUUCCCGAAACGACGACGUUCGAGCACGUUAUGUCCAUAAUUCUCAUGGUCAAUGAGAAGUUUCGAGAGAAUGUGGCAGCUUGGGUAUGCUUUCAUGACCGGAAAGAUGCGUUUAAAGGAUUCAUUGGAAGGGUUCUUCGCCUUAAAUUGGUUUGUGCCCAUUUUCUCUGCUUUAACAUAUCCUUAAUGCAUCAUAUAUGGGCUAAGGUUUUUUUAUUUUAUGUUUUUUGUCAAGGGUUUUAACAUUUGGAACAAUGAACUAUUAACACAAUAGUCAAUUACUGAAGAAUUUGGUACUGGUAUUCACAUACAGUUGGAACAUUUUAUUCCUUCUUCCUCGUUAUGUCAAGCUUGUGUAGUGAAACUGUAUGAUUGCUCCGGUGGUUUACAUGUGAUUGCCCGUAGUUUAUGCCUCGACUCUUGUGGGUAUUUUUCUCAUGGAAAUUGGUAUGCCAGAGGUGCUGAUGAGGCCCAAACAACUAUAUAUGAGGAGUUGGGUGAGAAGAGGCGUUGUACCUUGCUUGUGCCAGCCCCAUUUUGGUGAUUGAUCACCAAGAGCUGGGUGGAAAAGGUGUCCAAGAUGUCAUCCAUGUCAAAAGCCAAGUGUUUGAGCUCCAAUUGCAGACAGAGUUGCACUCCAUUUCUUGUGAGAAUUACUUCUUCUCAGCAUCCUGCAGCACAGCUCCAAUUCCAGACAGAGUUGCACUCCAUUUCUUGGAAACGACCGAAACUGAGCAAGUUGUGGGGGGUCAACCCAUCGAGCGCAACUGAAGAAAAGCCUCAAAGAAAAAUACCUCCACCACCAUUUCUGCUGUCGAAGACUUGGGAUUCAAUAAGGCUUCCAAAUGAAAUUGUGUCCAUACUCCAUAGCUACUGUUGCUAAUAUUAGCAAGAAAGAAAGUUCAAACUAGUUCUGUGUGGUGG